AUGGUCGUUGCCUCGUUUCGGGUCGACUACCUUGUACUUGGUGGAACAGUGGUGGACGGGCUCGGUGGGGAGCCUGUGGUGGCUGACGUGGCCAUUGCUCGCGGGCGGGUCGUCGGCGUCGGACCGGCGCUCUCCACAGCGUACACUGUCGCCGAUCCGUCCACCGAUCUCAUCGAUGCAUCGGGUCUGCUUGUCCUCCCUGGCCUCAUUGACACCCACGCCCACGACGACUCGGUCCUCCUCCACCCGCAUCCGCCAGCUCCUCGUGCCGCAGCUGCGCCUGUCCCUAGUCCAGCGGCCGAUGAUGGCGGCAUCGAUGCACAUCAUCCUCUGCUCCCAAAGGUGGCUCAGGGCGUGACGACGGUCAUCAUCGGCAACUGUGGCAUCUCGCUAGCUCCGCUCAACGCAGCAGCGUCGUGCACAUGUGGUGCUGCGGAUGGCGAGGUGUACAGCUGCACCUGCUCGCCGCUGCCGUCGCCGAUGUACAUCCUCGGCCCGCGAGCACGCUACUCGUUCGACUCGAUGGAUGCGUACAUUGCUGCGCUAGACGCUGCCGAGCUACCAGUCAACGUCGGAGUGUUGGUGGGUCACGCUUCGCUCCGUGCCCGCGCCAUGGGCGAAGACGCGCUGGUCACCCGACCCGCCAACGCUGAUGAGAUGGCGGCUAUGCAGAGCAGCCUAGCUGAAAUGGGCGCAGCGGGCCAGGUCCUCGGCCUCUCCACCGGUUUGUACUACGCCAUCGGUGCACCGGCACCGACCGAAGAAGUGGUGGCGCUUGCUGCGACCCUGGCCAAUGCCUCGAAUGGGGCUGCGGUCUACACCACACACCUCCGCGACGAGACGUCGGGCGUCGAGACUGCGCUCGACGAGGCCAUUGCCAUUGCCGAUGCGGCCGGUGCCCACCUCGUUGUGUCGCACGUCAAAGCUGCAGGCUCGGACAACUGGGGCAAAGGACCGGCACUGGUGGAGAAGCUGACCAACGCAGCAGCGGCAGCGCAAGCUGCCGGGCGCAACGUUGCCUUUGACGUCUACCCCUACACCGCGAGCUCAACUCAUCUCUCGGCACCGCACAUCCGGCGGUCAUCGUCGUCACUUUUGGCCUGGUCGGCGGUCGCACCGCACUUGGCUGGCGCUGAGAUCCUCGAUGCGGCGGCGCAGCUUGGUCCCGAAGGAGCGCCGCCGCCGACGCCCGAGCAGGCAGUCGCUGCGCUCGAGCCCGGCGGUGGCAUCUACUUUCAGAUCGACGACGGUGACCUGGAGACGCUCCUGGCGUGUCCGCUGGCCAUGGUCGGCUCGGACGGACUGCCUCUCGACUCGCGGCCGCAUCCGCGGCUGUACGGCACCUUUACGAGGGUGCUCGCCAAGUACGCGGCGGCCGACGACGGGCUGCUCCCGCUGGCCGAGGCAGUCCGGCGGAUGACCUCGCUACCGGCACAGACCUUCGGCCUCGUCGACCGCGGCUCGCUUACAGUCGGCGCGUUUGCCGACCUCGUCGUUGUUGACCGUACAGCGCUUACUGAGAGGGCGACGUAUGAGGAGCCACGGGCGACGCCAGCAGGCGUGCACUACGUCUUUGUCAACGGCGAGCCGGUGGUGCGCGCAGGCGGUGCGCCGCCCGCGCGCAUCUUGGCCCAUCCGGGCAUGGUCCUCAAGCGACCGGCAGCGGUCCAUGUGGCACGGAUGAAGGAGGCACUGCGGGUGGCGGCCGAGGCGCCGCUCGUGAGCGAGACGCCGGUCGGCGCGGCAUGGUUCGACGACCGUACCGGCGCGUUGGUCGCCACCGGGCACAACCGGACGGUGGCGUCGCGCAAUGCGACUCUUCACGCCGAACUUGUGGCUCUCGGCGAGCUCGAGGCCGAGCUUGGAUCGGCCGAGGCACUUGCGGCGCUAGCGCCGCACCUGCACCUUUACGUCACGCUCGAGCCGUGCGGCAUGUGCUUCUCGGCGCUGCGCGAGCUCGGCGUAGGCGCCAUCCACUACGGCGCAGCCAACCCGCGGUUCGGCGGCGGGACGGUGCUCAACCUCAACGCCGAAGCCGCCGCCAUUCCCUGCGUCGGCGGCGUCUGCCGCGACGACGCUGUCGAGCUUCUCAAGUCGUUUUACGCGACCCAGAACCCCGCGACGGCCGGCAUUCACGAGACGACACAGGCAUAG